AUGGACGACAAUAGCGAUCACAAGAAUGGAGAAGCCCAUAACGCCUUUACUAUGGACACGAGGUUCUCGUCACCAGGCACCUGCCUUUCACAGCCUGAUCAAGAGACACUUCAAAAUGACAACACGAUCUCGUUUCCUCAAGAGAUAGCACCAGCACCAACGCACGGAGAAAAUUCGCCACCUGAAUCCAAGGCGGUAGAUGAAGAGGCUCAGCCGUCUGAUACAGCCGAAUGUCACUCAGAGGACCCAGAAAGUAAUCUUCCACGCCAGCACAUCAAAAGAUCCAUCUCUGACGCUGUGGGGCGUCUGAAUAUAUGCGUCUUGUUUGGUGGAGCGAUCCUCUCAUCUGCUGCUGUCGGCUUCCUCAUCUUCUUGUGGACCGGUGGAAGUCCCGGUACAGACGGGCAGAAUGCUAGCUACACAUGGCGCUAUAUAAUUUUGGGAUCAUGGUUGCCUCAGGUGAUUACCAUUUCUACCCUGGCACUCCGUGUUUCGACUAGUGCGCAGGCAGCAAUUUGUACCUCGUUUGUGGCCGCCUUGACGCUGGAACGUCGUCCUACACCACUGGCCAAGGCUGCAGCAAUAUCGACAUUUAGGUCGCUCAAUACGAGUCCUCGAGCUCUUCUCUGGGAGAUGGUCGGUGAAAAGUCGGUGUCCCACCCGCUACAUCCAGAAGCAUUUCUGUUUAUUCUUUUGGCUGUAGCAAAUGUAGCAAUCCAGUUCUCGUCGACAAUCCUUUUCGCUGAUCUUCAAAGCAGUUUGGUCGUCGGCUUUCCAAACCAGACUGAGAAGAAUGUCAAUUUUGAAGACGAGGAGAUUAUGUUUCUCGCUUGGUCAAAGCCACCCGCAGAUUAUUCCUUGUUUGGAGAACUGCCGACCCAUUAUUCCGCGGAUCCAAACCCCUAUGGCCUGAGUGAUACUGGGAUAAAGCGUCAUGCGAUGCUCCCCUUCACCAAGGAUAGAACAACUGUGCGUAGCUAUCGAGGAUCUUCUAACGUAAUGAGUUCUCGCGUAGCAUGCAUGCCACCAGUCAUCUCUGGUGAGAUCAUAAGCGUCUUGAAUCCAACCAGCAAUCGCAGGUACGGAUGGAUGACGGGUCAGAUCAUGUACAAAGACUCCCUAGAAAGAGCCAAUUUGGGAGCGUCGGAUGAUUGUAGUUCAAGUAAUUGUUCGACUAUCGUGCCAUUUAAAUGUGGUAUUCCAAGCUGGAUGUACGACAGUCAGCCGAAAGCGGCCGCCUUUUGUUCACCCCAGGCUUUUGAUAUUCGACUGGCCUCCUCGAACUGGACUUUACAGAAGGAUCCGUGGACAUCAACGGCCACCAUGUUUCUUGUUCUUAGCUCUAACUUUGACAAUGAUGGAUGGGCCCUCAUGAACAACCAGACUACCGCAUUGCCCGAGUCUCGCACUCUGGGAGAAUGGCAAUCUUUUGAUUUCGGGUUGAGUCGUGAGAUUAACGUGACAUUAUGCUUCAACGCGAUAAAUUUCAUGUUAUCCAACGUAUCGUUGUCUACCAAAACGAAUCUUGUGGAGCCCAAGAUGCGAUACGGGUUCAAUGCCUCUUAUACAGAAGAUAUUCGAAAGUUUCUGGGCGCAGAUCCUAGUGUGCAACGUUUGGAGGAUAGAGGAGUGCUCAUCAUGGACACUAUAACCGAUCCAAGCGAUUAUGUCGUUGGUGCUAUUGGCAAUGCGCAUAUGCUUCCCUCAUCUCAAUUAAGCUCCAGCAUGCUGGAGUUUGACUUGGUGUACCCUUCAGCGAAUGAGACAAUUGCCGGCUGCGACUUGUGUGAGGCAGACAACAUAAGAAUUUCAGGAAUUGCAGGAAUUGCCAGAGACUACUCUAGAAUGUUCAUGGACAUCCUGACGAGUACGAACAGGGCCGCCGUCGCCAUCCAGACUAUUUACACCAUGCUUGCGCAGAGCGCACAUGACCAGAUGCUGGACUUUUAUUCAGUCUCGGCUCCAGCAGAGAUUGUCCAAACCGUUACUUCAACUAUCCCCACCAGCUACAAAGGACUGAUUACUGUCGUUGUCCUUGUCCUCGCCAACGAUUUGUGUAUACUUUUUCUGACAGCGCUGUACAUUUACCAUUCGCGAUACACAAUGAUUGGAGACUUUUGGCAUGCUGUUUCACAAAUGGUGGGCAGUACGACGGAGGAAAUAUUGGACAAGGGCAAUAUGUCCAAAGACUGCAGAACUUUCGAGGGUUUUGAAGUAAACAAAUAUGUUCAGCUGGAAAGGUCAGCAGAGAGUGGUCGGGUUGGAGUCGUCGAGGUAGGUCACAUCAUCAACGCGCCCAGUGUUUUGCAUUGGGUCAGUAAAGUCUAUCGAAGGACACGGGAUAUGGUGAAAAGACAAACAUCAGGACUUUCCAAGAUGACCCAGUCAAAGACGCGGAGCUCCGCGUCUGCACUGGAGAACGAAAACUGA